CAAGAAGCUUGCAGAGCUGAACGAGCUCUGGCCGUGCGCGGCGCGCAGCUGGUGCGCGCUUUGGCGUGGGAGAGCCGCGGGGCUGCGGGGACAUGGCGGCGGCCUCUGUGGUGCUGGUGCGGCUGGUGGCGGCGGAGAGGAACCAAUGGCAACGUUUCCCGAGCCUGCUGCCGCCGCCGAGGAGAUGGGCUUGGAAGCAAAGAACCAUGAAGUAUGCAACAACUACAGGACGAAGCAUUACCAAGGUCCUCAUUGCCAACAGAGGAGAAAUUGCCUGCAGGGUGAUUCAAACAGCUAAAAAAAUGGGUGUACAGUCCGUGGCUGUUUAUAGUGAGGCUGACAGGAAUUCCAUGCAUGUAGACAUGGCAGAUGAAGCACAUUUCAUCGGUCCUGCUCCCUCUCAGCAGAGCUACCUUUCUAUGGAAAAGAUCAUUCAAGUGGCCAAGAUCUCUGCUGCACAGGCUAUCCACCCAGGGUAUGGUUUUCUUUCAGAAAACGUGGAAUUUGCUGAACUAUGUGAGCAAGAAGGAAUUAUUUUUAUAGGACCUCCUUCAUCUGCAAUUAGAGACAUGGGUAUAAAGAGUACAUCCAAAUCCAUAAUGGCUGCUGCUGGAGUCCCUGUUGUGGAAGGUUAUCACGGCGAUGACCAAACAGACCAAUGCCUGAGAGAGCAGGCUAGAAGGAUCGGCUACCCCGUCAUGAUUAAAGCCGUCCGUGGUGGAGGAGGGAAGGGUAUGAGGAUUGCUAGGUCUGAAAAAGAAUUUCAAGAGCAGUUAGAAUCGGCACGGAGGGAAGCUAAGAAGUCUUUCAACGACGAUGCUAUGCUGAUUGAGAAGUUCGUGGACACACCAAGGCAUGUAGAAGUCCAGGUGUUUGGUGAUCACCAUGGCAAUGUUGUGUACUUGUUUGAAAGAGACUGUAGUGUACAGAGGAGGCAUCAGAAGAUCAUUGAGGAAGCCCCAGGGCCUGGUAUUAAGCCUGAAGUAAGAAAAAAACUUGGGGAAGCUGCAGUCAGAGCUGCUAAAGCUGUAAAUUAUGUCGGAGCAGGAACUGUGGAGUUUAUUAUGGACUCACAGCACAAUUUCUACUUCAUGGAGAUGAACACGAGACUGCAAGUGGAACAUCCCAUUACUGAGAUGAUCACAGGAACUGACUUGGUGGCGUGGCAGCUUAAGGUUGCAGCAGGAGAGAAGAUUCCUUUGAGCCAGGAAGAAAUAACUCUGCAGGGCCAUGCGUUUGAAGCAAGAAUAUAUGCAGAAGAUCCUUACAAUAACUUUAUGCCAGGGGCCGGACCACUAGUGCAUCUCUCCACCCCUCCAGCAGACCUUUCCACUAGGAUUGAAACUGGAGUACGGCAAGGAGACGAAGUGUCCGUGCAUUAUGACCCCAUGAUUGCCAAGCUGGUUGUGUGGGCUGCAGAUCGCCAGGCGGCCUUGACAAAACUAAGGUACCGCCUUCGUCAGUACCAUGUUGUCGGGCUGCAAACCAACAUUGACUUCCUCCUCCGCCUGGCUGGCCACCCGGACUUCACUGCUGGGAACGUGCACACUGAUUUCAUCCCUCAGCACAGCAAGGAGCUGCUGCCCGAGCGGAAGGCUGCGGCCAAGGAGUCUUUGUGCCAGGCAGCUCUGGGCCUCAUCCUCAAGGAGAAAGCUGUGUCUAAUGUUUUCCAAACUCAGCUGCAAGAUCAAUAUUCUCCAUUUGCAUCCAGCAGUGGGAAAAGACUGAAUAUCUCUUACACCAGAAACAUGACUCUUAGGGAUGGCGAAAACAAUAUAGCCAUAGCUGUAACAUAUAACCAUGAUGGGUCAUAUAGCAUGCAGAUUGGAGAUAAAACUUUCCAAGUCCUUGGUGACCUUCACAGUGAGGGAGACAGCACUUACCUGAAAUGUUCUAUUAAUGGAGUUUCUAGUAAAACUAAGCUAAUUAUCCUGGAAAACACAAUUUACCUGUUUUCUGUGGAAGGAACUAUUCGGUUGGGCAUUCCAGUCCCCAAAUACUUGUCUUCAGAGAGCUCAGAAGGAACUCAGGGAAGUACCAUAGCCCCCAUGGCUGGAACCAUCGAGAAGGUGUUUGUAAAAGCUGGAGACAAAGUUAAAGCUGGAGAUUCCCUGAUGGUCAUGAUCGCCAUGAAGAUGGAGCACACCAUAAAGGCUCCAAAGGACGGCACCAUCAAGAAGGUGUUCUACAAAGAAGGCUCUCAGGCCAAGAGACACGCUCCUUUAGUCGAGUUUGAGUAAGAGGAAUCUGACGGAAAGGAAGCAGGAUACACUCCCAUCAAAGAAAUGGCCAGUGAAGCAGUAUCCUAAGUACAGUAUCUCUACACCCAAAAGAGCAAGUGCCUUCCUGCUUCUCUUGGGGUCUGAUAAACAGCAGUUUUCCUAAAUGAUUUUAUGAUUGUGUCAAAGCCCUUUCAUAUUUGAGAAUCAUACACUUGGAUCACAAAUAAUAAAUGAUCUUGAAAUAUUUCAUACUAAUAAAAUUGAAUUAUACUUUUUUAUUGGAAGCUAAUAUGGCU